CGAAAUAGGAUAAAAGAUGAACGCUUCAGCCUAUAAUUUAGCUUUAUUCAUAUUUGUCCUACUAUGUUUUGAAGUAAAGCAGCAUGUUCAGCAAUUAUAUGUAAAAUCAUCAGUCGUUAAAUGUCAGCCUUGCAAUAGAGUUAAAUGUGCCGAAGUAAAUUUAUCUUGUAAAGGAGAGAGGACGAAAGGAAUUUGCGGAUGUUGUGACAAAUGCGCUAAAGUUAUAGGUGAGAAUUGCGGAGGAGUAUACUAUUAUCUCGGCAAAUGCAAUCAAGGUUUAUACUGCAAACCAUUAAUAAAGAAAAAGAAUAGAUUGCGAAAAAAAUGGCCUGAAAAGGGUCGUUGUGUCAGGUUUAUUACAAAGAGUAGAAGACAAUUGGAUGAACCUUUUAAAGAUACUCAUCAAUGUCAUCCUAAAUGCUCUCCAGAGUACUGUAGAAAACGUCCCAGAGCUAUCUGUUCUGCUAAAAGUGGAAUAGCUCUUUUUGAAAGAGAAUGCAGCGCCCCCUGUCAACUAACAUCCUGUCGAGCUUGUUAUCACGAAUCAGAGAGUACCUGUAAUAAGUGUUCACCAAAAGAUUAUAAAUGCCUUCGACUUUACGCCGUCUGCAUAAAGAAGAUGACAUGUACAAGGAAGAGAUUUCCUUGCCGAAUAAAGAGAACAUCCGUAGGACCGAAGAAAACUUUUAAAUGUCACGUACCGCAAUGUCCGUCAUCUGUUGUACGUCAGUAACGUUUAUAUGUUUUUGUUUGUUUGUUUGUUUUUGCUAUCAAAUAUUUAAAUGAGUUUGAAGUAUUUUCAUUUAUAGUUAUAAUAAUUAGUAUUGGUAAAAAGAACAAGACGAAAUAUAUUUAAAAAAAACUGGUAGAUAAUUAUGAAAAAUAAUAAAGAAAAACUUUUAAAAAAAGCUUUCUUAAAUUAUUAUUUUU